AUGCACACUGAACGGGCAGUGGAAAUUCUGACCAGGUACCAAAGCACCCUGCAGGCCCCAGAGGAGCAGGAGCUAAAAGCCUCCAUCGGAAAAGUCUCGCACGUCUUCCAAAGUGAACUCUUCCAGGCUCUGCUGGAUAUCCAUGAAUUCUACGAUUUCACGCUGCGCUCCGCACCCCUGCAGCCUCAAAGCCCGGACGCACAUCACGGCACAGCCGGGGGGCCAGCGCAUGGGGCCAGUAAGCCCAGCUCUGCGGUCACCCCCGGAGAGCCCCAAAACCUACCCGAGGUGAAUGGCAGCGAUGGGAUGUUCAAAUACGAGGAGAUCGUCUUGGAAAGGGGGAGCUCAGGACCACCCUGUGCCCGCAGGGUGAACGACUGUGUGCUGCGGGUGAAUGACGUGGACGUCUCCGAGGUGGUGCACAGCAAAGCCGUGGAGGCCCUGAAGGAAGCGGGCCCCGUGGUGCGGCUCGUGGUGCGCCGCCGACAGCCCCCGCCAGAGACCAUCAUGGAGGUCAACCUGAUGAAGGGCCCCAAAGGCCUGGGGUUCAGCAUCGCUGGGGGCAUCGGGAACCAGCACAUCCCCGGGGACAACAGCAUCUACAUCACCAAGAUCAUCGAGGGAGGCGCUGCCCAGAAGGACGGGCGUCUGCAGAUCGGCGACCGGCUGCUCGCGGUGAAUAACACGAACCUGCAGGACGUGCGGCACGAGGAGGCAGUGGCUGCCCUGAAGAACACCUCCGACAUGGUGUACCUGAAAGUGGCCAAGCCAGGCAACAUCCACCUCAACGACAUGUACGCGCCCCCCGACUACGCCAGCACCUUCUCAGCCUUGGCUGACAACCACAUAAGCCAUAACUCCAGUCUGGGCUACCUGGGCAGUGUUGAGAACAAGCCUGCCUACCCCGUCCCUCCCCAGGUGACCCCCUCCCGGUACUCGCCCAUCCCUCGGCACAUGAUCGGGGAGGAGGACUUCACCAGGGAGCCCCGGAAAAUCAUCCUGCACAAAGGCUCCACCGGCCUGGGCUUCAACAUCGUCGGCGGGGAAGAUGGCGAGGGGAUCUUUGUGUCCUUCAUCCUGGCCGGAGGCCCUGCCGACCUCAGCGGGGAGCUUAGCAAAGGCGGACGAUGCUGCAGCGUGGUAGCAGUGGAGGUCUCGGCAGCCCUUGCCCAAGCUGCCGGGCCAGUUGCGCCCUGCCCGGGGCAGCCCCUGCCUGCACUGACCACCUCUCUCCCCGCAGAGUACAGCCGCUUCGAGUCAAAGAUCCAUGACCUGAGAGAGCAGAUGAUGAACAGCAGCAUGAGCUCCGGCUCUGGCUCGCUCCGGACAAGCGAGAAGAGAUCUCUCUAUGUCCGAGCCCUGUUUGACUACGACCGGACCCGGGACAGUUGCUUGCCCAGCCAGGGGCUCAGCUUCUCCUACGGGGACAUCCUGCACGUCAUCAACGCCUCCGAUGAUGAGUGGUGGCAAGCUAGGCUUGUCACGCCCCACGGCGAGAGUGAGCAGAUCGGGGUCAUCCCCAGCAAGAAAAGGGUGGAAAAGAAGGAGAGAGCACGGUUGAAAACGGUGAAGUUCCACGCCAGAACUGGCAUGAUUGAGUCCAACAGGUCGAUCAAAACGAAACGUAAAAAGAGUUUCCGCCUCUCUCGAAAGUUUCCAUUUUACAAGAGCAAAGAGAACCUGGCCCAGGAGAGCGGCGGACAGGAACAGGGCGUGACAUCAAACACCAGUGACAGCGAGAGCAGUUCCAAAGGACAAGAGGACACCAUCCUGUCAUACGAGCCGGUGACACGUCAAGAAAUUCACUAUGCGAGGCCGGUGAUCAUCCUGGGGCCGACAAAGGACCGGAUUAACGAUGACCUCAUCUCUGAAUUCCCACACAAGUUUGGUUCCUGCGUGCCCCACACCACCAGGCCUCGGCGCGAGAACGAGGUGGACGGACAAGACUACCACUUCGUCGUAUCCCGCGAACAGAUGGAGAAAGACAUCCAGGACAACAAGUUCAUAGAGGCUGGGCAGUUCAAUGACAAUCUCUACGGGACCAGCAUUCAGUCAGUGCGGGCAGUGGCGGAGAGGGGGAAGCACUGCAUCCUGGAUGUGUCUGGCAAUGCUAUCAAGAGGUUGCAGCAAGCACAACUUUAUCCCAUUGCCAUUUUCAUCAAACCAAAAUCCAUUGAAGCUCUCAUGGAGAUGAACCGGAGACAGACGUACGAACAGGCCAACAAGGUCUUCGACAAAGCCAUGAAACUCGAGCAAGAGUUUGGAGAGUAUUUUACAGCCAUCGUACAAGGAGACUCUCUUGAAGAGAUUUAUAGCAAAAUCAAACAGAUCAUCGAGGACCAGUCUGGGCACUACAUCUGGGUCCCAUCCCCAGAGAAACUCUGAAGAUGUCCCCCACCUGCUUCCCUGUGAGCAGAAGAUCUCCGAAGUCCCACCCCACCCAAGCCCUCUGCCCCAAGGAGGGGGCAAUGUGAAAACUAUUCCUGCCCCCUUUUUUAGAUCGUCGCAGAAUUGAGUUUUCUAGUCCUGUUUCUUUUGUUGGGAUGAACUCAUCUCAUUCAUCACGUGACUGUUCCCACCGUUCCUGCAUGGACCUUCCCACUGCUCCAUUAGAGACAGAUGAAAACCCAUUCAAGGUCAUUUUUUAUUAUUAUUAUUAUUAACUAAACC